AUGGUUCAGUACCAUUUUGUGGCCCUCGCCGCCGCCGCCACCGCCGUCACGGCCAAGAUCUCGGUCCAAGUACAUCGCAACUUGGAAGUCGCCAAGCAGUCGAACGUCGUGGUAAAAUUUUACAGUGACGAGGCGCACGACACCCACCGCCGCCGACUCAAGGCCGGCGCGUCUCGCACCGAAACCAUCGAGUCGCUGGUUGAUUCGUUGAAGGAGCACACCAACACGUCCCAGGCGUCGGUCAAGUCGCUCCUGGCCAACCAAGUUGAAUCGACGGCUGUGGAAGUGGCCACGACAUGGAUCGACUGUUCCAUGUACAUCGACAACGCCCCCGACGACCUCGUGCAGAAGAUCGCGGCAUUGCCGGAAGUCGAAUCCAUUGAUGAGCCAGUUGUGAUAGCACUCGAUGAAACCAAAAGCGAUGGCAUACCAGCCAGUGCUGUCAAUGACGUCAUCGAAUGGGGGAUAGAGAAGAUCCAAGCCCCGGCGCUGUGGGCCAACGGCAUCAAGGGCGACGGUGUAGUCGUGGCCAACAUUGACACCGGUGUUCGCUAUACCCACGAGGCGUUGAAGUCGAACUGGCGAAGUGAAUACGGUUGGUUCGACCCGUACGAUAAGACGGAGCUGCCCAACGACCGGUGGAGCCACGGCACUCACGUCAUGGGCACCAUGGUGGGAACGCAAGGUAUUGGUGUCGCCCCGAAUGCCAAGUGGAUUGCGUGCAAGGGGUGCAACUACGUGUGCCAGCAACAUAUGCUGGUGAAAUGCGCCGAAUUCCUGCUUUGCCCCCACGACAAAGACGGCAACAACCCCGACUGUAGCAAGGCCCCUCACGUGAUCAAUAACAGCUGGGGGGCGCACGGCACGAAAUUUUGA